CCACCAUAAAAAGAGAAGAGAAGAGAAUAGAAUAGCACAUAUUAUAUGCUAUGCUGUGCUCCUUUUAAAAUUCAAUGUUUAAUUUUUUUAAACGUGUCUUUUCUGCUUCUUGGGUCUCUCGUUCCUUCACUACAUUCACUCACAAACAAAAGAAAACCAAACCACCAAUUCUCUUUAACUUCUAAGCCCACCUACCACACUCACAUCUAUAUAUCAUUAUUAUUAUUAUUGCUCUUGUCCUCAUCGUCGGGAUCAAUUGUUGGUAUGGGGAUGCCGAUGUGCGUAGAGUGUGGGAGUACAAGCAAUCCUUGCCGGUGCAAGGUGGUGGGACCCACACUCGGGUUUUUGGCGUUCAUAAUAGCGGCGGUGGUGGAAUGGCCUGUGGGGGCUCUUGUUUACUGCUUUCGCCACUCUAAGGGCCGUCGCAUCAUGGCUCACCCAGUCACCGUCGUUUAUCCUUGUGUCUCCAAUGCCAUUCCUAUUUGAUUUCUCUCUAGGUUGCUCAAAGAUGUUAUCAAUAUUUUGUAACUUUUUCAGUUUUGCGGUUGGUACACGCAUUAAAUAAAUAAAAAUUAAAAAAAUAAUAUUAUAUUUUGUGUGCUAAUUAA